CGUAUACUCGCCCUCCCUCCUCUCUCUGUGCCUCCCUCCCCCCUCCCCCGCCUCGCCCCCGCUUCGCCCAUUGUACCGCCUCCUCCCCCGAAAGGUCGCGCCUCUCCGUCUCUUCCUCCCCCUCGUAGGAGUUGCCUCGCUCUCAGACACACCCGAGGAUGGCCCUCCCGAAUGACAGGCCGGCGCUUACGGCCGCCACAGCGUUGACCUUUUCGCGCGACGCCCUUCGACUGCAUGCGGCCGCGUCUGCCGCCUUUUGGGCCGAGAAAGCCCUGGCGCUGAGCAAAUACGAGGAUGCAUGCGACCAAUCGUUGCCAUCCUCGUCGGCAUCGGCAUCGCCCCCGGUCGGCCCAAACCCCCACGCAGCCGGCGGCCACCCCGCACGCGAUGUCGACCCCUCCGAGCAUAUGAUGACCACAACGCCGGGACGGCCGAUCGCCGCCGCCAUGAUGACCCCGGCUCCCGGGGGCAAGCCGGAUCUCGGUGGCUCGAGCAGCUUCUCGCCCCAGUUGUCAUCCAUGUUCGAGCACUCUUCGGCAUUGGACGCCUUUUCGCCGCGUCUCAGUAGCUCGCUGCUGCCCGAGGCCUCGGACCCGGCUGGUGGGCCGUCCGGAAUGCCGGAAGUCGGGCGCACUGCCACCGCAGCCGCCGCCUCGAUCCCGCAAAUUCUCCAGGAGUACGGGCUCCCGUGCGAGGCUCACUGCUUGCCUGGGCUUCUGGGCGGUCUGCCAGGCGAGGCGCCCUGGCGAGCUCUGCCGGCCACGGCCUUGGCCUUGGUGUCGCUGGCCGAUGCGCAUAUUGCAGCUGGUGACCAUGCCCGUGCGGCGGGCCUCCUUCAAAGCCACCUGCACCAGCACUCGGCAUUUGGAACCCUGUCGCCGCUGCAUUGGUCCGCGUGCAGCAGUGCCGGGGUCCUGGCCGGGGGGUCUUCCCCGCCCGGGGGAUCACACGCGGACCAGACCAGCUCGCUGGCUCUUCACCCCUCGGUUCGCUAUCGUCUGGCCUUGUGCCUGUUCCAGCAGAAGUCCUUCACGGAUGUGCUGGACCUCUACAAUCCCUCGCUAUUCCCAUCCUCGCCGGUGGAGUUGACGCCGCUACGCGCUCCGGUUCCCUUCCGGCCCCUGCUGGCACAGCUCCAGUUCCUGUGCGGCGCGGCGGAACUGGCUCUCGGCCGGCCGGACGCGUCGCGCGCGCACCUUCUUUAUGCUCUGGCCAUCUGGCCUCUCUGCAUCGAGGCGGUGGAUGCCUUGAUCGGGUAUGGCCUGACUCGGCGCGAAGAUGAUCUCCGCAUCCUGCGCAUGGUCUCGCUCAUGGCGCCUUUGGCAAAUCUGGAUCGCGAUUUUGUCACCCUCUACCUGCGGAGUCGGCUGCCGACUUUUUCCCUCGGUCCGGUGAACAAUGAGCUGGCAAUUACCCGCCUCUGCCGGAGCCCCUACAAUUUGUGUUUCGACCUGGAGACAUUGAUCGGCUUUUCGCGGUACCGACUGCUGAAGCACGAUGACAUCGGCGUCGUGGAGCUGUCACGCCUCGUCCUGUCCACCGACCCCUUCAAUACCGACAUUUUGCCCUUCUACCUGGCGGCCCUCUUCCACCAGCAGGAUGCGGCCGAAUUGCUGGUAGUUGCUCACCGCCUGACCACGCGCAUCCCACACCGGGCCAUUGCCUGGUAUGCGGCGGGCUUGCAUGCGCUGGUGACAACUGGCCACAGCUUGUCUGCCCUGUCGGCGUCGGCGGUGGCCGCGGCCGAUGCCACGGUCCUGGCCGGGCACGCGGCGGCAACUGGACUCGGGCGCGAUCCGCUCGGGGCCGGUGGGCCAGGCACCGACGCUGGGGCCGGGGCCGGUGGUGGGAUUUUGACUGCCGGACCUGGGUCCGCCAGUGCCGGGGCUGGUGGCGGUGGUGGCGGAGCCGCCGUGGCGCUGGACCACUUCCGCCGCGCUCGCGAUCUGGAUGCCAACUUCGCCGCUGUGUGGGUGGCCAUUGGGCAUGUUUUCUCGUCGGGCGGUGACGCCGACCGUGCGCGGCGGGCGUACGGCUGUGCGGCCGUCAUCCAACGGGGGUCGCACGAGGCGUGGUUGCACGCGGGCGCGGCAUCCCUGCACUUGGGGGAUUUGGUGCGUGCGCGGAGGGCCAUCUCCUUUGCAUUGGCGUCGGCUCCCGGCCCGAGUGGCCCGGUGGCCGGGCUUGAUCCGAGAGUGGCACCCUUGGCGGAGAAUGCCGCCUUGCCGGGGUCGCUGCUUGCUCGGGCGCCCUCAUUGGCUGCCUCGCCUCCUUGGGCGGGCGAUUUCACCGCACUGAAUGAGGCAGCCGUGCUGGCCACGGCCGACCACGAUCUUGACAAGGCCGAGGCCUAUUCGCAGGCCGCGACACAGGCCGCCACCGCGUGCGGGGCUAAUCGCCUAUCCGCGGCGUCGUGCUGGCUGAAUCUCGGGCACAUUCUGCGUCUCAAGGGGGAAUACCAUCGUGCUCGCGCUGCAUUGGAGCAGGCUCUGCUGCUUAAUCCGCGUCACGCGCGCGCACACGCCUGCCUCGGCCUGGUCUGCCAGAAGCUUGGUCUGCCUGCGGCGGCGGCGGCCAGCUAUCACCGAGCGCUGGCUUACCGGCCAGACAGUCUCGGCGGAACCACCGGCGGCAUGGGGGCCGUGUCGGCCGGGGCGGCCUCCUCCGUAGGAUGGUCGAUUGCGGGCUUCGGGGAUUUGGGCUACUCACCGGCGGCCGUGUGCUUGAGCCGGGCCGGGGGGAUUGCCCCGCACUCGCUGGCCGCCGAGUGGUCGACCAUCGGCUCUUUCGCGGAGAUUGCCGCGGAGGAGGUGUGCGCUGCGGCCGAGGGGAAGCUUUUGCACGCGGCCACGCAGGGCCGCCCGAUGGCGGCACCCGCGCCGCGGGACUCCUUGGCCGCCGCGGCUGCGGCCGUGUCCGGCACAAGCUCGUGGCAGGAUUGGUCGGCAGAUCGGUCGCAAACACUGCUUGGGUCUCUUCGGCACCAGGCUCUCGGCCGGGCGGAGAAGUAGCGACCUCAUGCGGGAUCGGCCCAAGUCGGCCCUGGUUGAAUAUACUUUCCGUGGGCCCCGGUGCACGCGGGCCGGCCAGUGGGCUUUAUUCCUUUCUCGAGCUGCUCCGCCGCCUGCCCUCGCGCCCCAGCCUCACACUCGGCUUUGGGUUUGUCCCAUCCGGACGCGCAUCUGUACAUGGGCAUUCCCUUGCACUUGGAUGUCG